UUCUGGCACCAUGUCCAGAAAUACCCCCAAGUUGGCAUCCAAUGCUCUCAAUUUGCUCUCCAAGGUGAUUGAUUCAGACACUGAAGUGUCCACCAUCGACUUGAACUUGUUGGAGAACUUGAAUACAAACCAAUCUUUGAACUACAUCAAACUAGAGCAGAAGCUCAAUGUGUUGGAGAAGAACUCCCAGAGCUUGGAGAAGCUUGACGCGGAAUACAAGUCCUAUACGGAGGCCCUAGAUGCCAUUGAGCUCAAAGUACAGAAAAUGGAGAAGAUAGCUGGCGAAAUGGACGCCUGGUCCAAGUCAUUGGAAUCCAGAGCAAAGAACCAACAGAGAUGAUACAUCCAUGCUGCAGUGUAUAACAUCUCCCCACACUCAUAUCACCAAAUGUUCAAUCACCUGCAACAAUAUUUAAUCCCUACUUCAAGUGUUAGAGGACUAUUCGUGGCCACAAGAUGGUUUAUCUAAAACCUGACAUAGCUUCAUCGCAGAAAGAAAUGGUGGAUAGAACCGUCGGGAUUAAUUUAUUGGGAGGCCAUCCAAGUCCAUUCACAAUGUACUGCAAUUGAUAUGGCGUGCUAAAGGGAGUUUACGUCAGUGUCUGCACCACUGUCGGUAAAAGCUGAAAUUACGGGCGAGAGAGAGAAAUUGGGCAGUCGUCGAAGUCCCACGGGAUCAACAGUAUUAAAAUACCAUUUCAAUCAUCCGACAACAGACGCAAAGAAUUUGAUACGGAUUUGGAACAAUGUACAAACAUAAACUUCGAUAACUUUCCACAGAUAUACACAAGUGGUUGUUAGCGCUCUUGUGCCUAUACAACCAAGUCGCCC